CUAACCGUCGAUCGAUAAGAUAAACGCGCAACCCCGCUUCUAUGCGCUAAAUCAAUACCAUUUUCAUCGAUUUUCAUAGCCGCAGCCGCCGCACACGGAAUUUGAGGGUCGCAGGCGGUGGUUGCGCGCAGUUUACUUGUGUCACGCUGUAAAUCAGUGAACAUUUUAAUUAAUUUUACACCUAUUGAUUUUUGUAAACAAGCUACAGCUAGAUCUUCAUUAAAACUUAAAAGAUGGAGUAAACUAGAGAAGGAAGCAUUAAAAAUGACCUCGACUGACACAUAUCAGUUAAAAUGGCAUUCUCACAGCUCCCAUUUAAAUGGUUCCGUAGCAUCGUUGCUACGCUCGGAGCGAUUUACGGAUGUUGUCCUUUGCACGAUGGAUGGGUCUCAGAUACCGGCCCACAAGUUCAUCCUCAGUUCAUGCAGCGUCUACUUCAGCAGUCUUUUCGAAGGACAACGUUCUGUGACACGUAUGGGGGGAAUACUGUACGUAGUACUGCCGUCGGAGAUAUCCACAAAAGCCUUGAAGAUCCUCGUAGAGUACAUGUACAAAGGUGAAACCACGGUCUCUAAUGAAGUAUUAGACAUAGUAUUAAAAGCAGGAGAAGUGCUCAAAAUUAGAGGAUUAUGGCGUCAGACAGAUGAGAUUGGAGGUGAUUCUACACCAGCCGAGAAAACCACUACUAGCCCAUCAUCUGCCAAGCAAACAGAGAAAACGAAAGAAGUUUCCAAAAUAGCUUUAAAAAAAGAUGAAAAAAUUCUCAAAACAUUCAAUCCAAUUCAGGGCCAGGGUGGAAGACCUAUGUUUAUUGGACCUCCAAAGUUGGUUUUCAUCAAAACAAGUGAUGGGACUACUCAAGCUGCUAUAAGACCUGCCGUACCAGGAACCAAAGGUCAGACUAUACUUGUGACCCCAGCUCCAGCUAACACGGAAACCACUACAUCCACUAUUACAAUGCCCACACCAACUAUCAGCUUGGCUUUAGAUGAUGCAGAGGAAGGAAUUCCAGCUAGGAUUGUAAAAAGAAAUGUCGUAGAAAAGAAAUAUGGAAAGAAACAAAAGGUGGAGGCUUCAGAUGACAUUAAGGAUGAUGAUGCGGGAUCUGUCAGUUCAAAGAAAUCAAGUCAAAGUAACUCGGCUGUGGAAGUCCAUGUGAAAGAAGAGCCAGAAUGGGAUGCAAGCAGCAUUGAGGAAGAAGAGAGAUCCAUAGCAGAGAUGUUCCAAGCCGAGAUGAGUGUCAAGUCGGAGCCAUGUGAUGAUGUAGAUGUUGAGGAAGAGGGACUGCUCUACAGUCCGCUGUCAUGUGAGCUUUGCGCUGAAGUGUUCUCGGUGCCGGCUGCAUGGGUCAGGCAUGUGCAGCAUCAUGCGGACCAUGAUCAUCAUCAUGCACGAAAGAGGAAACGGCGAUCAGAUAGCGACGACACAGAAGAAACUACGGCUUUGCUCCGCUGUGACCUUUGUCAGAAACAUUUCCCGAACCCAGCGGAAUGGGUGAGACACGUACAAAGCUCGCAUACUGAGACAGAAUUGGCCUUAUCAAACAACAGUGAACCACCAAAACGUCACAAUCGUUUCACAGACGGCGAGCAAAACAAGAAAUGCGAACAAUGCAACAAGAACUUCACGUCGCAUGCCUCCAUGCUCAUACACUUGCGCACGCACACGGGCGAACGCCCUUUCGUAUGCGGGCUCUGCAACAAAGGUUUCAACGUGAAAUCCAACCUAUUGCGCCACCUACGUACAUUACACGACCAAGUGGUGAGCCCCACUCAGCUCGAUGAAGCUGGGCCUUCCGAGCUGAAGAAGGAGACCUGAGCCAGGGGAGGAGGGGCAGGCAGAGGUCGCGGUCGUCCGCCUCGUUCGGCGCUGAGCUCGAGCCGCAAAGGCGGCGUGGGCCGAGGCGACGCCGGCGCACUACGCAAGCAGAGCUACUCGCUCUUCCUCAAGCAGCGGGCCGUUCUCUUCUCCGCCAAGAAGUGGAAAUAGCACCGCUCUUACCGUGAGACGCUCAUUUCAUUUUUUAAUUUAAUACUUUGUUUUAUGAUGCAAUUAAGAACCAUGAACUUUAAAAUCUAUAACUACAAGAAAACUGCCUUAUUCGAAUCUGUGAUUGCAUUUAAUGAUGAGACAGUUUUGAUUAAUUUACUGUUUAUGAGAACAAGAGUAUACAAUAUUUUUCAUUUCAUUAAAAUACAAUAUAAUAACUUAAUAUCUAACAUACAUACUGAGAAUUUAAAAAGCAAAUAGUAAUAAAAAUUUAAAUUGAGUGUCUCAAGGUCAAAGCGGGAAUUAACUGCCCCUCCUCCCUUUUUAAUUUUAAGAGUAAAUUAUUUUUAUAUCUAGUCUACUAGAUCUCAUUUCUUUGACAAGUAGUCAUUUAAAUAUAGUUUUAAGUAAACUUUGGUUUUUAAUCUAUUAUAAUAUCCCAAGAAUUGUUUCGUUGUCGAACGAAUGUCAAUUGUUUUUGAAUUUUAAGUGACAAUUGCAUGACUAAGUGACAUUUAGAUUUUAAUUUUGUCAUAGGGACUUUAAUUUUAUUGAAGAAACUUAUUUUAUGUUCUUACAUUCCUGUGUACUUAAUUUAAUACUCAUGUUUAACAUGUAUUUGUACUAUUUUAUAAAAUAGCAAAGAGAAAU